ACAACCUUUGUGACAAUGUCUGCAUCUGUUGACUAAAAUUUGAAACCUAAUAAGCUUUUAACAAGGUCAACAGUUUUCAUCAACUUGUAGUCGACAAAAAUAAUUAAGAAUUGGUAUAUACACACAGAGUUCCAGUAUUUAGUCUGUCCUUAUUAAAGAUUUAGUGUUGGUGUCUGCGAAAAUGAUAUAUACUUUGUUUUUCGCAAUCACAACGUUACAUGAACAUGGAUGACCUAAAAUGCGAAUACGUAAAGAAAAAAAGAUGCUUUGGAUUGUCUCAAGAAGUGCGAGUUAAAAAAUGUAAUUAUGGUCGUUACGUCGAUUAUCGACGACAAGACGUGAUCGUGCUUACGUUUAAUUAUUCGUAUUUGCCACUGUAUCAAAAGUGAAAAUGUGAUGUGUCAAACUGAUUGUUUACUUCACGACGGACAGGUGACGGUGAGCGGUUUGUAGAAGUGGUACGCGAGGGCGGCGGGAGGCGGGCGGUAUGUCGGGCCGUUCGAGUCCCGUAAACGGCGGCUACGAUGCUGCUGAGCCUGCUAUGAGGCUCUCGGUACGCAAGGAUCUCUUUCCAGAAAUUCGCUUGCUGAAAGGAACCUCCGAUUCAGAUACAGAAUCUGAGACUGCACAAGACGAGCUCGAAGCUGUAUCUUGUGUUAAACUGGAGACUGACUUCGAGAAGAGCAUUGAUGACAUUGCUCAACAGAAGAUGCAGGUGGUUAAUGGAGCGCUGCCGUCCCCGACACGGCCUCGCCACAGGAAACAUAAGCAGCACUCCAAACGUGAUUCAGACUAUACGACUCAUAAUGGGUGUCCACCUAAGGAGAAGAAGAGGAAAAAGAGUUCUCAUGACUCUCGUAAAUGGACACCUUCAAAAAAUAGUAUAGUGACGAAAGUGAAAGGUGGCAAAAACUUAAACUUAGUGAGUAGUAGUGAGUAUCAGGAUGGUGAUGAAGGUGAAGUAGAAGAAGAUGAAAGUGAUAGUUCUGAAGAUGAAGUGUUAAAGAGUAGUGUAAAGUUACCGUUAAUAUCACGACAAAGUGGUAAACCUUACAGUCAUGAACUUAGUCAAUUAUCAACAAAAAAGAGUAAAUCUAAGGAAUCAUCAAAGGAACAAAGGACUCGUAUAGUGAUACCUUGUAGUGGUAAACCUCGUUCCAUGUUGGGAUUCUGUAGCUCCCGAAGCAAAAAGAAAUCCAAGAAGUCUGAAGUCACUCCCCCCACAUAUCAAAGCCAGAUAGUGGAUACUAGUACUAAACUAAAGAUUAAAAUUAGAAGGACAAGCAUUCAGGAUGUGAUAACUCCAGCUCCAGUAUCAAUAGCUGAUAUCGGUCAAAGGAGGUCCAAGAAGAAGCGAGCGGUCUCACCUGCGGCUAGUGCUAGUUCUGGUGAGGAAUAUGACCCCACGCGGGGUGACACGGCCGCCGUCAUGAGUGUCGCAGCUACAAAAUCAAGGCAACCAAGGGCGAAGGUCAAAAAGUCCAAUAAUAAUAACUCAAAAACUAAAGAUAAAGCUCAAAAGACUGAAAGAACUAGAGGUAGUGCUGUGGAUAAAGGGAGUAAACCACAAAGUCCGUGGGCACAUUCCAUGCCUGAGGAGUUAUUAGUGAAAAUAUUUGAAUAUGUUGUACAGCAGGGUAGCUUACCUGGUAUUGUAAGAUUGAGCAGGGUUUGUAAAUUAUGGCACACUGUCAGCUGUAGGCCGGAGUUGUGGAAGAAUGUGGACCUUGCACAAUAUACUGUUGAAAAAUGUAAAACUGACUACAAACUGGUCUGGCUUCUCGAAAAUCGUUUAUCUCUUUGUCACAGUUUAAAUAUUGCUCAAUGGAAGGUGUGUAAUGUAUCGUGGGUGUUAGCAUGCGUGGUGGACUACUGCCCCGGUCUGGUCGAGCUGAGUGUGGCUGGCUGGAGUCGUAUCACACCAGAUCAGCUGUUCGACCUUCUACAGGGACUCCCACAUCUGCAACGACUAGAUCUCUCUUUGACGUCUGAGACUGGUGGUUCCAGUACUUGUCUCUCAGCAGCGUCUAUGGCUCGCAUCGCCAGCAACUUCGGCGAUCGUCUGACACACCUCACACUAGCUAACAAUAAGUUCUCCGCUCUACCGCAAAUACUAUCAUCAGUGGCUGCUCACUGUCCGAAUCUCGAAGUGUUAGAUAUAUCCGGGGCCUUGGCGACGUCACAUCCGGCGCCCAUACCCCUGGAGGCGUUGCAGAAAGGAUGUCCUAAAAUGAGAGUCUUCAGAGCGGCGAACGCUCAGCUAGUACUGGCCUCAGCUACAACGUCACAACAGAUGGAAGCCGGAGGUUGGAGUUUGCUUGAGGAGGUAUCAGUGGCGUGUAGUGCUGCUGAGGAAAGAACCGCGGUAGGCGAGUACCGGCUAGGAGACGAGGCCCUCGGCCGGCUAGUGAGAGCUGCUACUAGAUUAAGACUGCUGGACCUGCGAGGCCUGCAGCGACUCACCGACUCAGGUCUCGUGCGGGUGCCCGCAUGGGACCUUCAGCAUUUAUUCCUAGGAGGUUGUAAUGUGCUCCGUCAAACAAACGCGUGUCUGGAGUUGAUCUGUGAGAAGUGGUCUCACAGUUUGCUAGAAUUGGACCUGUCGUGGGCGUCCGCCGCCAAGGUGCUACACGACGCCGUGUGCGCACUCGCUGAUGCACCAAGUAGCAAACUAAGAAUACUCAAUUUAUGUGGAUCAUCGGUUUCUUUUGAGGCCGUCAAAAAAGUGCUGUUAAAGUGUCCCCACCUAGAGUCUUUAAAUCUAAGUUCAUGUCGGGCUUUGCCGAGAGGCAUGAAACGUCUUUAUACAGGAAAAGAACUUCAAGACCUGAAAGAUAGUUUAGACCCGGAAAAAGUAAAGACCAAAGAGAAUAAAAGUGAGGAAUCAAAGAAGAAGAAGACAAAGGCUGAUUCAAAAUGUGAUGAUAAAAAGGCUUCCCCUAAAGACGAUACCUCCGAAAGUUCAGGUAGCAAAAGUGUUAUAAAAUCUACAGAUAAGUCUUCCGCGGGUGUAUUUCAAGAACCGAAAAGUGUUUCCGAUUCAGGCAAUAUGUCCGACAAACGUACGUCUAACGAUACACCAAUUAAGUCUUCUCCUAGCAAUAAGAUUCUAGAACAGUCGAAAAAUAUUUUAGAAAAUGAUACAUCGCAUCUACUUUCUAGAGGCUCGACCACUCCCAAUUUGUCUAGCCCCCUCGCUCAAUCGAAGCCAGAUUCUUCUUCGACUCCACGGUCGGAACCAACUAAGUCUGAUAUAGGUAGUCCUCACUUUAGUCCAGUCCAAAAACCUGAUAGUCAAGUCCCUAGUAGUCCUGAUAUCCAACGUGAUUCGGUUAAAAGUAACCACUCAUGGAGUCUGGGACAGUUUAAAAGCACACCCACUCAAAAGUCUGAGGCGAGUCCAAUCAAUCGGUUAGAUAGUCAUUCGAAAUUAAGACAUAGCAAAAUAGUAGAGCAAUGUAGUCCAACAACUUCUUUAGAGAACAAGCCGAGUCCGGAGACAUUAGGUAUGAAACAUAAAGAGCAAGAUAUAAAACAUCCUAAUAAUUGGAAUUACGGUAGCUAUAGCCCCAUGCCACGACAGGACAGCCAGUUUUCAUCUCAAAGGAGUCCUUACUCAGCUCAACCGAGUCCUGCUCAGCCCAGUCCGUACUCGACCCAGCCCAGCCCCUACUCCACACAGCCCAGUCCAUAUUCGUCUCAACCUAGCCCUUACUCUGCUCAACCGAGCCCCGACACCAGUCAAAUAGUUAAAGCGGAACACCAAAAGACGGGCGGGUGGAACACCGGCAAUUUUAGUCCAAUGCCAAAACACCACGCGCCCUUCUCACCACAUCCCUCCACACACACCAGUCCAGAUCCCGGCCUGGCCGUUAAAAAUGAUGGUCUUCGAAAUAACCCUAACAAAACGCCCGGUCAGUAUAGUCCAAUGUCACGACAGCAACACCAGAGUCCAUAUUCACCUAGACCGAGUGUGGAAAAUAACUACAACAACAAAAAAAGUCCGGGAGUAGGCAAGUACAGCCCUAUGAUGAGACCUGACUGUCAUUUACCGAGCCCGGAUGGAGGUCACGUCUCUCGACCGCAUCUGAGUGGACGAACGCAGGAUAUGUACGGACGGCAAGUGUCCAAGGUCACCGAAGUUCCACAGAGUGUCCCACCGCCUGAAAUACCGAACUCGUGGGGUUUCAACCACAUGGGUACACCAACGUCCGCUAUCGACUCUCUCGUCUGGGGGAGCGGUUCGUUCAACACGGAGCCGGCGCUACAGUCGCCCAUGUCCCAGUCGCGCGACAACGUGUCCACGAUGCUCAACACGCCGCCUCCCCAACCUUGGAACGACCUGACCCCUUUCGAUAGCACUCUACGAAGGUCCACCGACCCUAGUGACCCAUGGACGUUCGGACAGUUCCGAGUGGAGCCACCGAAUCAAUUGCACAAUACUUUCGUAGAGCAAACAGUGAGCUUCGAUUCUUUGAGUGGCCAUCUUGGUCAUCCGUCGCAUACGCUCCAGAGUUACUUGGAGGAUAGCUUAUCUGAGCCUUCGCGAGUGGACUGACGCGGACGAUGACGAGACUCGCGUGUUCAGUUCUGGGUGAUGUAAUUAUAGUUUUGAACAAUUAUUGUUAGAAAUUGUAAAUAAGAUUAUCUAGUUAGUUCUUAAGUGUAAGGAAGCUAAGUGCAUUCAAAUUAUUUUGCAGCCCAUAGUUUAUGAGAGAUACAGAUAAUUAUAUUAGAAAUUAGAGAAAUCAUUAAAGGUAGAUAACGUUGUUUUUUAUCCGAGUGCUAGUAUGUUCUCAGUAUGUUGUACUUCGGUGAAUAUUAAUAGUCAUAAUAAAUGAAAUAGUUAAUAAAUUUAUUAAUUCAAGCCAAAUAUUGUUUUGUACCGUUUUCUGUACGCUAUCAGAAAAUUCAAGAGACAGGUUGGUAUUGAUUGACUGCCUAAAUUUAUGUACGAUGAGAUGAAAUUUUUUUAACAAAUGUGGCCUAUUAAUAUGUUCUACAUUAUUUUUUUAUAUAUCCGUCUUAUGAUGGCAGACAAAAAUAUGGCACUGUCAUUUUUCGUUUAUUUUAUCUUGAAACGUUUUACUAUACAGACCUGUGGCAUGAAUUGACAGAUAACAUACAUCGCAACACUGACGUUUGCCGCGGUGUCAAUAGAAUCGACAUUCCUCUGAUAGAUUAUAUAUAAUUAAAAGAACUUUCUUUACAUUGUUACGAGAUUAAAUUCCCUUAACAUGAAGUUUCAAUCGCUUUAUACUUCGACUGUUAAUAUUGUUGACAAUGCACGAGUAUGACCAGUGCUCGAAGUGAUACUUUGAGCAGCUAUUGUGUGUUCGCUAAUGUUGCUGAUAUUAAAAUAUUUAUGUAUGUUUAAAUCUAUAUUUGGUAUAUAUUGAAUUUCUGUUAUUUAUGCACAGGUUUAACGGCUGGUGAGCUAUCGGAUUUUUUUAGAACUAGUUAUAUCUAAUGUGUAUAUGUAAUUAAUUUGUUAACGAAUUGAUAUCGGAUUAUUUGCUUUAGUAUUAAUUUUAUGUAGCUGAUACCUGUUAAUAAAUAACGUAAUUUAAUUAAACCAAAUGUAUCAUUAAAGAUUUAUCUUUACAUUUAUAUGUCACAAUGUAUCGGUUAUAUAAUGUAUUUACUUAGUUGACUUUUGUUUUGUAAUUCAUUUACCUUUUGCUAGGUCAUCAUAAGUACAAUUUCUGACGUAGCUUUUUUUUUGUGGAAUUAAUGAAAUUAUAUUUUCUAAGUGCUAUUAUAUUAAUUUAAUAUAUCGAUCAUUUUGCUAUUGUUUUAUAUAUUUUUAUAUUAUUAUUUCAUUGUAUAAAGUAAAUAUCAGCCAAAUUAUCAUGAUUUAAAAUAUAAUUUUAAUACCGCGUUAAAUACAGAACGUUUAUUUCGAAACUUCAAUUUUUAAUUUGAAAUGAAAUAAAAUGUCAAGUACAAAGUGCUUUGUAAGAAAAAAAUUAUAUUCAAUUAAUUAUUUGUAUUCAAAGAGAACCGCGAAAUCACCAAAUAUUGUUUUCAUUACCUACAUUAGCCUUAUUGAAUGCCUAUACUGUAACUGAAGAGAAUAUUUUAUAGUUUUAUUUAACUUAUUACAAAUUGGAGAAUAUUAUCUACUAUACAUAGAAUGUAUAAAAUAUAAUAUUAGGUAAAUAUUAAUGUUAAAUAAUCGUGUACUAUAGAAUGUAUAAAAUAAAGUUGACUAAUAUCUGUAAGUUCUGUUAUGUAGAGAUUUUUGUUUGUAAUAUUGUUACAUUACUGCGUGGACUUCACAAAAGUGGUCCAAUUUUUAUAAUCUAACCAAUAAAAUAUCGAUGUGGUUGUAUAUUUACAUUUUGAA